CUCGACUUGCAACAUGUUGCUGCGGCGAGGCUUGAGCACGCAGCGGCGAUCGCUGCUGGGAAGCGAGUACCCCAAGCCGACGAAGCGCACCGCCAACCUCGUCUGCGGCAAGUGCGAGAACGUUCUCGUCGCGACGCACGACCUCUUCUUCCUCAACUGGCUCAAGGGCGUGCAUGUGGCGAGCUUCCAGAACAUUGCACUCGAGAACGUCAAGACGGCGGCGCACCCGCGGUCGCCCAAGGAGCCCUGGAAGCAAGCGAAGCUGCGCUGCUGCGCGUGCGACCAAGACGUUGCGACGCGCGCCAAUGUCCGCGGCCAAGAGGCGACGCUCUUCUCGGCCAAGAACGUCUCGUUUCAACUGCCGCUCGGGUCGAGCCCGAUCGUGUCCAUGUCGGGGUUGCCCUCGGACUUGAUUCGGUUCUCUUCAUGGGGCGACCUGCUGGCGCAGACGACGGCAUCUACGAAGCUUCGAUCGAUCCUCAACAUUCGCCAAGACCACGACACGACCCAGAGCGCAGCCAAGAAGGACCCAACAACGGACUUUAAAGAAUUCAACACCAAGCUGCUUCUCGCCGAGUCGGGCGCCGAAGUGCUCUCGCUGAUGGAGGCCCAGCACCCACGGUCGCUCAACCACGUCAACGUGCUCACAGCGUUUCAGCGGUUUGCUAUGUUUCACAUCCAGACGCACCGCGAGAUCUUUGCCAUGAAACGCAAGCGCAUGGGCGCGAUGGCGUCGAUGCCGUCGUCCGACAGUGACGACGACGACACGCUCAUCGCACUCGAGCGCUCCAAGUACCAGCGUCUGCAUUUGGAUACGAUGCUCAUCUACUCGACGCGGUUUUGGAAUUUUGUCGACGAGCUCGAGCGGCACGUGCAAAUGCAUUUGCACCUCGUCCCGUCGCGGUUUCUCCACGGCUUGAUGAAGUCGCUCAUCGGCCUCCAGCUCGCCCCGUCCGGUGUCAUGGCGAGCCUCGCCCAACAAGUGCUCUACCGUCUCGACCAAGAUCGCAUCACGCCCGAGCGGCUCGUGCACCUGUUGCACGGCUUUGCCUCGCUCUGCGCCGCGGAUCGAAGCGCGCAGGCGUGGCUGCCCGAGCUUUUUACGCGUGUGAGCAACUACGUCCUUGCGCCAACGGUCCCGAGUUUGUCGCCCGAGCUCCUCGGCAUGCUCGCGUGGUCCUGCGCUGUGGCCCAAGUCCCACACGUCGGCGUCGCCACCAAGCUCUUUGAGACAGCGAAGACGCACAAGAGCCCAAGCAUGGCCUUUGCGACGCAGGUGUACCAAGUCCACCUCGAAGACUGGCCUGGUUCGCCACGGCUGCCCGACGCGACGCUGGAGACGUUCAAAGCCAAGCUCCUGCAGCAGGUCGACUGUUUUGUAUCAACCAACAACAUUUCGUCGCAUCUGCACCGACAGAUCUCGACGACGUUGGCGCGCAUGGAGAUCCAGCACACGAACGAAUAUGUGCUUUCCCAAGGGUACUCGCUGGACAUUGCGCUCGUUGACGCCAAGAUUGGCAUUGAAGUGAACGGCCCGAUGCACUACCAGCUUCGGCGCAACCCGACCGAGCAGUGGCUCAUGGGCUCCACCUUGCUCAAGAUGCGCCACAUCCAGCAAGAAGGCUGGACCGUGAUCCAGGUGUCGCACUUGGAUUUCACAAAGCUGCCGACGCCCAAGCAGCGCGAAGACUACCUCAGUCUACUCCUCGAAGUCGCGACCGCCAGCCGCGCGCGGCCACCGUCGGCUGCAUAG